UUGACUGAAAGUUGAGACGUGGUACUCCUGCCGCUGUCGAUGACAGUCAGUCUGCAGCAUGACCGCCUGCUGUGUCCCGAGGACCGCUUCUCUCCUCCGGCUGCUUCUUCCUGCCGCGGCCGCGCAGCGGCGCUACAGCCUGAACAUCUCCAUUCAGCUGCUCCGGACGCAGGGCUUCGUGGGCGGCCGCUGGGUGUCCGCAGCCUCGGUGUUCCCCGUCCUGGACCCGGCUACGGGACAGGAGAUCGCCCAGGUGUCGGACUGCGGAACGACCGAGGCCAAGCAGGCUGUGGACGCCGCGGUCCAGGCCUUCUCCUCCUGGAAACACUCCACGGCCAAGGAACGUAGCUGUCUGUUGCGGAAAUGGGUUGACCUGCUGACACUGCAUAAGGAGGAUUUGGCCAAACUGAUCACUUUUGAAUGUGGUAAACCCAUGCGCGAGUCUCUUGCUGAGAUUACGUACACCGCUUCCUUACUGGACUGGUUUUCUGAGGAAGCUCGGCGAGUAUACGGUGACAUUGUGCCUUCACCCUCCAAAGACCGCAAGAUCCUUCUCCUCAAACAGCCAGUGGGCGUGGUUUCUGUCAUCACACCGUGGAAUUUUCCCAGUGCCAUGAUCGCCAGGAAGGUGGGAGCUGCUCUGGCUGCCGGCUGCACGGUGGUGGUCAAACCGGCAGAGGACACGCCCCUGUCAGCGCUCGCUCUGGCUGAGCUGGCGCAGCAGGCAGGGAUCCCGGCUGGAGUCUUUAAUGUGGUUCCUUGUUCCAGAGAAACAACUCCUUCAGUUGGGUCCGUUCUCUGCACCGACCCCCUGGUGAACAAAAUCUCCUUCACCGGCUCCACCGCCACCGGCAAGCUGCUGCUGAAACUCGCCGCCAGCACGGUGAAGAGGGUUUCCAUGGAACUUGGUGGCCACGCCCCCUUUAUUGUGUUUAACAGUGCUAAUGUUGACAUGGCAGUGGGUGGAGCCAUGGCCUCCAAGUUCAGGAAUUCUGGACAGACAUGCGUGUGCUCAAACCGCCUCCUGGUCCAGAAUGGGAUCUACGAUGUCUUCAUGGAGAAGUUACUCCGAGCGAUGGACACGGAACUCCGCCUGGGUCACGGCUCAAAGCCUGAGACCACCCAGGGUCCGCUCAUCAACGCCCGAGCCGCAGAGAAGGUGGCCCAUCAGAUUUCGGAUGCAGUGUCUCGGGGAGCGAAGGUGCUGAAGGGCGGGAAGCGUGUGGGUGGGUCCUUCAUGGAGCCCACCCUGCUGGCUGAUGUCACCACGGACAUGUUGUGCACACAGCAGGAAACCUUUGGCCCGCUGCUGCCCGUCAUCAGGUUUACCACAGAAGAAGAGGCUCUGGCUAUUGCUAAUGCGUCCAGUGUUGGCCUGGCGGGUUAUUUGUACUCUCAGGAUGUCAGUCAGAUCUGGCGGGUGUCAGAGGCCUUGGAGGUUGGAAUUGUUGGUGUCAACGAGGGCCUCCUGUCCACCCCGGAGGCCACGUUUGGCGGUGUGAAAGAGUCUGGUUUGGGCCGUGAAGGCUCCAAGUACGGCAUAGAUGAGUAUCUGGAAGUCAAGUACAUGUGUUUUGGAGGCCUGAAGCCUUGAACCCGUUCAGAGUGAACUCACAGUUCCAUCAAAGGCCGACAGAAUAAUCCAGUAAAUCAGCCGACACAAAAUCUUAAUCUGUCACGAUUGGACUUGUGGUGUUUGUUUGGGGUUUUAUCUUUGUUGUAUUUGUUGUCUUUUUGUUCAUGAUUGGGUUUUGUGUUAGGGAUUUCUCUUGUCUCAUGUCUAGUGCUGGUAGUUUCCUCCAGCCUUUUUGUGUACCAAACGCUGCUCGAACUAUCAUUAAACCCUGU